CCUGAGCUGAUUUGAAAGCUGCGCGCGACAGGCAGCUUGCUGCGGCUAAAUAGCACUUCGAGGCAACCGCUGAUAACCGUUGCAACCAUAUAUCCACGACUCAAAGCCGCUCGUCGCGAAACCGCCGCAGACGGAGCCACAAGGCGGGAGCCUGCCAGCGCGCGCUGCUAAAAGAUGUCCUUCUCCGGCCAGGGCGGCUACUUCCAGGAGAACAGCGACGACGACACGCGCUUCUCCGCAACCCUACAACCGCCGCAGCCGCGCCGCGCGCCGCCGCCGCGGCCGUCGCCCAAGCAACCCGCCACCCGGGAGAGCGGCCUCGCUUUUGGAGCUGUCCGCUUCCCGUCGACGACGAGUGUGCUCUGGGACCGCGCGUGUUCGGCGCCCUUCCGCGCGUCGCUGGCCGACGACGCGCCGGCGGUCGUCGUGACCGCGGACUGCGCACGCACCCUCAACGACUUCGUGGAUGAAUCAAACGACACGCGGCGCUUCGUGGGCGCCGUGGCGGCCCGAUCGAAAGUCGCGCGCGCCGUGGAUUCAACAAAAUGCCCGCCGGCCGCGACGGCCGCGCGGCGCGCGGUCGUUUUUGGCGACGACGUCGCCGUGCAAUCUAUCGGCGGGCGGCGUUUGGAUGUUGUCGUGUCGACGCAGAACGUGGGACCCGAAGAUGAUAAUGAUGACCUCACCCUCGCGGCCACCGUCUCGAAACGAGACACAACUUUGAGGAUCGAGCUGGCCUGCGCGGCGCCGGCCACGACCUACGCCUUCUCCCAGCUGCGGAUGCCGCUCGCCGUCCUCCCGACGCCGCUGGACGCGGCGCUGCGGCGGUCGAACGGCGCGUCGCUCCCCAGAAGACCGGGCGCGUACGACGCCGCCGUGCGGUGUGGCUACGUGACGCUCGACGAGGCGAGGAGAGCGGUGUUUCUGUUGGACGACGAUCCCUUGACGGAAGCAACACCACUGGUCGGCGUCUUCUGCGCGGGAUUCGUCUGCGCGGAUGCGACGCGCGCGUGCCGCGACGGCGCGGUCGUCGCGGCCUGCGCGGCGUUCCUGCGGCGGUCGGGCACGGCCUUGGUAGCAGCGGAGACGUGCCUCGUGGCCGUCUUCUGCGCGCCGGCGCGGAACCAACCCGCGGCGCCGACGUUUUUUGAGUGUCGGGGCUCCCCGGACGGCGGCCGCGAAAUUUUGGAUUUCGCCUGCGACUUGGAUGUCGACAGUCUGGGCGCAUCUGGUGAGGCGCCGCGGGCCGUGGUGGUGGCGGCGCUGAAGCGGCGGCCGGCGCUGGCGCCGCCACCGCCUGCCACGGCUCCUCCCGCCAAAGCGGCGCCGCCGUCGCCCCUGAAGGACGACGACAGCGCGACGACGACGACGAUGGACGAGUCGACGGUCGACACGCGCCUGAAGCGGGCGACGGGCCGCAUCCGCGAGCUCGAGGCGCGGCUCGCGGCCUACGAGGGCGCCGCGGCCGCGCCCGCGAAGGCCGACACGGGCCGCGUCCGCGAGCUCGAGGCCAAGCUAGCGGCCUACGAGGCCGCGGCGCCGGCGACGGCCGAGCCCGCGGCGCCGGCGCCGGAAAAGGCCGCCGCGCCGGCGCCGGCGCGGGCCGAGGCGCCGGCCCCGCCACGCGCCGAGGCGCCGGAGAAGCCCCUGCCCCCGGCAAUACGCCCCAACCGCGCGGCGCAGAGCAUUCGGCGGACCGCCGCCGUGCGGGCGCCGCCGGCGUCGCCGGCGCCGGCGCCGGCGCCGCGGCCCGCCGCGUCGCCGGCGUCGCAGCCGCCGCCGCCGCCCGACGUCUUCCCGACGCGCCGGCCGAAGGACGAGCUGCGCGCGUCGGCGGAAGACGUCGCCGACGUCAUCAGCGGCGCCUACGACGACGCCGGCACGGACGACGACGAGGACGUGAGCUUCGCGAGCGUCGGCGUCGUGCGCGCGCUGCGCCUGCCCGACGCGUCCGUCGGGAGCGUCGGCCCCGAGACGAGCGGCGGCGCGCUCGAGGCGGCGGCCUACGCCUCCAUGCCGCUCACGGAGGUGAACGAGAACUUCCCCAAGGCCGGCGAGGGUGCUGAUUUGAACGCCUUCCCGAAGAUCCGCGUGCCGCCCAAUGAGUGCUUCGUCGACCCGGACUCGGACGACGAGAUCGUCGCGCAGUACGUCGAGACUGGAACCGUUGACGCGUGA